CCACAUCAUCACAGGUCUCAUCAUCACCACCACAUUACCGGUCCCAUCAUCAUCAUCACCACCAACACCACCACAUCAGCAUCUCCAUAAUCGCAUCACCGGUGCCAUCAUCAUCAUCGUCGACUACAUCACUGUCCUCCACAUUACCGGCCACCACAUCACGAGCCUCCCAGCUGUUCGCUACCUCUCUGUCCGGAGCCUGCUCCGCGCCCUCUCUCUCCUCCAGUUCCCUUGCGGCGCUUCACGGCGGAGACUCGCCCGGUGAGAGCGGCCCCCAGACGCCACUGAGCACCGCGAAUUCCUCUCGCCUCGAUCCGACUCGACCAAGGUGACCUCGCCGCCGGAUGUCGAGCCAUGCGGAUUCUCAUCCUCGUGGCUCUGCCUGCACCAUCGCCCCGCUGCUAUCUUCCAUCAUCAUCAUCACCACCAUCACCACGACCAUCACCACGACCAUCACUCCCGCCGUCGUCAUCAUCACCGCUGUCACUGCCAUCGUCAUCGUGGGAACUAGCAGGGUCAGGCAUGAGGUCAGCUCACUGAGAGCCACGGCGACUCCUUUGAAGGCGGCUCAGAUGAUCAUGAAGCUGAGGCUGCUGAUGAUGGUGGUGGCGGUGCUCAUGGGAUCGUGGUCUCUUCCCUGCACCUCGGCUCUGCCUCGCCCCGGAGUGUCAAGUGUUCAGGUUCGAUCGAACCCCGCGACGGGAGGAGUGAGGGACACGCGUGGAGGUUACGAGGGGGUGUCGCCGUGGAGCCUCGUUCGCUGUCGCCUCAAGCGUUCGGGGACUCCGGCCACGUUCAACAUUAACUGGGAGAGCAUCGACCGCGAGUGGCACAAGACGCGCUGCGUGCCGCGCGAGGUGUGCGUCGACGUGGCGCGCGAGCGGGCGGGCGAGAGAGCGGCCCCCGGGGUGGCCCCCGGGGCUGCGUGGGGCAGCGGCUGGGGCCCCGGCGGCUCGGACGCCGAGGGGGGAGGCUCGGGCAGCGCCUCGUUCUUCAAGCCGCCCUGCGUGGCGCUGCAUCGCUGCGGCGGCUGCUGCAACUCGGAGGGGCUGCAGUGCGUGAACACGAGCUACGAGUACAUCAGCAAGACGCUGAUCGAGAUCUCCGUGAGCUCGGUUCGCCUGGAGGCCGUGACCGUGAGCUUCGUGAACCACACCACGUGCCGCUGCCUGUCCCGUGCCGACGCCGCGCGACACUCCCACGCCAUCAUCCGCCGCGCCCUCGGGGAGACUCCGGAGAGCGGCUGCGCGCCCGUAAGGGGAGGCGCCGAGGUCGAAUGCGGAUCCGGGCACCUCUGGGAUGACCUCUCGUGCGCCUGCGUGCCCAGACUGGAAGCGUUGCUGGCACCACACCUCAGCUACUGGCUGCCGGAUCCGCCGCUGGCGGCUCCCCCGGCGCGCACGUGCGGCCCGGGUCGCGCGCUCGACGAGGAGUCGUGCGCGUGCGUGUGCCGGCGCGCGUGCCCGCGACGCCACCGCCGCCGCACUCGCAGCGCGCACGGAGCGCGCUGCGAGUGCGCGUGCCCCGAGACGCGCGAGGGCUGCGCGCGCCGCGGUGGCCGCUUCCACGCCGAAACGUGCAGCUGUCUCCGAGCCCCGUGUCCUCGCGUUGUCUGCGUCCCCGGCCACGCCACCCACCCGCGCUCGUGCAGCUGUGUGCCGUGGGGGCGCGGCCUCUGAGCAAUGGGAACCGAGCCUGCUCUGGACUCAGGUCCGGGCCCAGACUCAGCAUGGACCAAGAUCGAGCCUGGACCCAGACCCAACAUGGACCCAGACCCAGCCUGGAUCCAGACUCAACAUGGACCCAGACCCAGCCUGGAUCCAGACUCAACAUGGACCCAGAUCCAGCCUGGAUCCAGACUCAACAUGGACCCAGAUCCAGCCUGGAUCCAGACUCAACAUGGACCGAGACCCAGCCUGGACUCACACCCUUCCUGGACCCAGAUCCAGCCAGGAUCCAGACUCAACAUGGACCCAGACCCAGCCUGGAUCCAGACUCAACAUGGACCCCAGACCUAGCUUUGAUUUAGACUCGGUCUGGACCCAGAACCAGCCUGGACCCAGACCCAACAUCGACCUAUAUAUACAGGCUGGACCCAGACCCUGCCUGGACCCAGACCCAGUUGGUCCCAGGGUUGGACGCAGAUCAUGCUUAGACCCAGAUCCAGCCUGGACUCAGAUUCAAUUUGGACACAGACCCAAGCUCAAUCCAAAACCAAACUCGCCUCAACCCGAACCCGGACCCUACCCUGGACCUGACCCAGCCCAAAAUAUGCACUGUGCACUUUUUUCACAGUGCACCCAAGAUGGUGGACACUGGCACGCCCACUCAUACGUACAGAUAGCCACACAAUUAAAUAGAUCGAUUGAUGUAAAUGCAAGUCUUUGCAUUGACAUCUGGUCCAGGGCCAGUCGUGGAGAUUUUACGCUUCUAUGGAGGGAUCAAGUGUUUCUGAGAUACAAAAAAAACAUGAAAAUACCCGCAAUCUUUUGACUCCUCGGCAUCAAAUUUAAUGAUGCGGCUUCUCUGCGCGGUGCUCCACUUAUUGACCGAGGAGGGACGACGACGAUGAUAAUGAUGCUUAAGAAGAUGAUGAGGACCAUGAUGAUGAUCAUGACAAUGAUGAUCGUUUGUUUUUAUCGAGGUAAUUUUGGACCACAAUGGGCUGUGCAUAUGAGGAUGCAUGCAAAUGAGUCUCAUAGAGCCAGAAAUAGGCCUGAAUUCAGACGCUGGUGAUGAUGAGACUGCAAGAGGCCUCUUUGAAGGAAGUGUCAAAUUGGAUAACGAGCGGGGAAGACCUAAAGCCAAACUCAGACGGUGGUGGUGGUGGACUGUGAAGAGGGGAUCUUGGAGUUCUGGUAUCUGUCAACUGUGCAACCUUUGUGGGAUCUAGCAUGUGGAAGGAAGCGAUGGAAUUGUGUGGUGGCAUCACUGGCAUUGUCCGUGAUGAUCAGCAGCGAUUAUGUGAACCGAUCCUGGGCCUCUUCUAGAUCGACUCUGUCUUAAAUGAAUACCCAUCAUCACUCGGGAGACAAAGCCGGCUGGGCAUGGUUCUUGCCACACACCACCUUCCUCUUGCACUGUGCCGACAUUAAUUGGUGCUCACGAACUCGCAGUUUUCUCAACGAUGUCACUUCACUGUCCGCAAACCCUUGCCUCCGAAGUUGCUGGAUCACAGACGUGUAACAUAGGCUACAAAUAUGUGCAUUUGUUUUCAACUCCUUCACUGACGCCUGUUAACCAAUCCACAGUUUCAUGAAGGUGUAUUAACUCGUCCGGCCGAAUAAUCCCCAUGCGUACAAUAUCAUCUUAUUUGGGAUCAAUAUUUUACAGAGUAAUAAUAUUACAAUUUACAGAUAUUUGUCAAUCCUCUGCUGGAUGAAGGCCUCCACCACGCCGUGCCUGUGAUGGGGAUUGUUUGGCCAUACUUCACCACGCUGAUCAGUGCGAAUUAGUGAAAGGGGGAGAGGGGGUGGUGGGCAGUACCGGUUUAGAUUUCGCUCGCCACUGACGCGUGGCCGGGAAUCCAACUCGCGUCGGUUGGAUUUCAGGGCACGGUGCCCUAACCACUGCGCCACCGUUCCUCCAAUCAUUGCGGCGCAAACAAAAAUGCCUUUGAGAUUACGAGUACGGAAUACUUCAGGUUUAUUGAGAUACCGUAUUCUCCCGAUUAUAAGAUACCAUUUAUUUUUUACAACUGUAUUUUUUAAACAAAAGUUGUGGGUGCGUCGUAUAAUCCGCUCGGUGAUGUGUGAUCAGAUUUGUGUAACCUUAUUGAUACCCGACGCAAGUUCGGGAUGCGUCUUACUUUCCGGAACGUCUUAUACAUCAGAGAAUACGGUAAUGUUUGCUGUCAUAUGCCAUGAUCAAUGUUGGCGUUUUUUGUUUUGUAAAAUAUGUUGCUCCCUACGCGUGCAUUUUAUUAUCUAUUGUGUACAUAAAUAUUUAUUUACAUCCUAAA